CCGCGCUGCGCGCUUUUCCGCUCCUCGCGGCCCCCCCACAUUGUUCUCUCAGGACUCCUGGGUCCCCGCGGGCUGAAUUCCGGGCCUGAGUCGGGGACUGGAGAGAUUUGGCUUGGGUCGGAGGUUUGGGGCCAGGCCCCCGGCCCCGGGGCUCCCCUCCCCCCACGGCACUUUGGGGGUGUGUGGAUUAUCUCAUCCCCGCAGGGAGGUGGGAGAGCGCGCCGGCCGCCCGCCUCCCUCCCGCCUCCCCGGCGGCGGCGGCCCGCUGCAGCCCCGCAGUAUGAGGUGGUGCUGGCGGCUCGGGGCCGUGGCGCGGCCGCUGCGGCGGCGGCUGCUGGGGGGGCGCUGAGGGAGCCCCCGGGAGCGGCGCGGCGGACGCGCUUCGCCCCGGCGCGCCCGGGCCUCGGGGCUUUUCUUCUCCAGCCGAGAGGACGCGGCUGUGCACCGAAGACCGUGUGUGGACAGUAAUGACCUCACGUUUCCGAUUGCCUGCUGGCAGAACCUACAAUGUCCGAGCAUCAGAGUUGGCCCGAGACAGACAGCAUACGGAGGUGGUUUGCAACAUCCUUCUUUUGGAUAACACUGUACAAGCUUUCAAAGUUAAUAAACAUGAUCAGGGGCAAGUUUUGUUGGAUAUAGUCUUCAAGCAUCUUGAUUUGACUGAGCGUGACUAUUUUGGUUUACAGUUGGCUGAUGAUUCUACAGACAACCCAAGGUGGCUGGAUCCAAACAAACCUAUAAGGAAGCAGCUAAAGAGAGGAUCUCCUUACAGUUUGAACUUUAGAGUCAAAUUUUUUGUAAGUGACCCUAACAAGUUACAAGAAGAAUACACAAGGUACCAGUAUUUUUUGCAAAUUAAACAAGACAUUCUUACUGGAAGAUUGCCCUGUCCUUAUAACACUGCUGCCCUUUUGGCUUCAUUUGCUGUUCAGUCUGAAGUUGGAGACUACAAUCAGUCAGAAAACUUGCCAGGCUACCUCUCAGAUUAUUCUUUCAUUCCUAAUCAACCUCAAGAUUUUGAAAAAGAAAUUGCAAAAUUACAUCAGCAGCAUACAGGCUUAUCUCCUGCAGAAGCAGAAUUUAAUUAUCUGAACACAGCACGUACCUUAGAACUCUAUGGAGUUGAAUUCCACUAUGCAAGGGAUCAAAGUAACAAUGAAAUUAUGAUUGGAGUGAUGUCAGGAGGAAUUCUGAUUUAUAAGAACAGGGUACGAAUGAAUAUCUUUCCAUGGUUGAAGAUUGUAAAAAUUUCUUUUAAGUGCAAACAGUUUUUUAUUCAACUUAGAAAAGAAUUGCAUGAAUCUAGAGAAACGUUACUGGGAUUUAACAUGGUGAAUUAUAGAGCAUGCAAAAAUUUGUGGAAAGCAUGUGUAGAACAUCACACAUUCUUCCGUUUGGACAGACCACUUCCACCUCAAAAGAAUUUUUUUGCACAUUAUUUUACGUUAGGUUCAAAAUUCCGGUACUGUGGGAGAACUGAAGUCCAGUCAGUUCAGUAUGGCAAAGAAAAAGCAAAUAAAGACAGGGUAUUUGCAAGAUCCCCAAGCAAGCCCUUGGCACGGAAAUUAAUGGAUUGGGAAGUAGUAAGCAGAAAUUCAAUAUCUGAUGACAGGUUAGAAACACAGAGCCUUCCAUCACGCUCUCCACCUGGAACUCCUAAUCAUCGAAAUUCUGCAUUCACACAAGAAGGAACCCGGUUACGACCAUCUUCAGUGGGUCAUUUGGUAGACCAUGUGGUUCACACGUCCCCAAGUGAAGUGUUUGUGAACCACAGAUCUCCAUCUUCAACACAAGCUAACAGCAUUGUUCUGGAAUCAUCACCAUCACAGGAGACCCCUGGAGAUGGGCAGCCUCCAGCUUUACCACCCAAACAAUCAAAGAAAAAUAGUUGGAACCAAAUUCAUUAUUCACAUUCUCAACAAGAUCUGGAAAACCAUAUGAAUGAAGCUUUUGAUGUUCCAUCUUCCCCUGAGAAAUCUACUCCUAAUGGUGGUAUUCCACAAGAUAAUCUUGUUCUAAUCAGAAUGAAACCUGAUGAAAAUGGAAGGUUUGGAUUCAAUGUAAAGGGAGGGUAUGAUCAGAAGAUGCCUGUGAUCGUGUCCCGAGUAGCACCAGGAACACCUGCUGACCUCUGUGUCCCUCGAUUGAAUGAAGGGGACCAAGUUGUACUGAUCAAUGGUCGGGACAUUGCAGAACAUACCCAUGAUCAAGUCGUCCUGUUUAUUAAAGCUAGCUGUGAGAGACAUUCUGGGGAACUCGUACUUCUGGUUCGACCUAAUGCUGUAUAUGAUGUAGUGGAAGAAAAGCUAGAAAAUGAACCAGACUUCCAGUACAUUCCUGAGAAAGCCCCAGUAGACAGUGUCCAUCAGGAUGACCAUUCCCUACGGGAGUCGAUGAUCCAGCUGGCUGAGGGACUAAUCACUGGAACAGUCCUGACACAAUUUGAUCAACUGUAUCGGAAAAAACCUGGAAUGACAAUGUCUUGUGCCAAAUUACCUCAGAAUAUUUCCAAAAAUAGAUACAGAGAUAUUUCGCCUUAUGAUGCUACACGGGUCAUUUUAAAGGGUAAUGAAGACUAUAUCAAUGCAAAUUAUAUAAAUAUGGAAAUCCCUUCUUCAAGCAUUAUAAAUCAGUAUAUUGCUUGUCAAGGGCCAUUACCACACACUUGUACAGAUUUUUGGCAGAUGACUUGGGAACAAGGCUCCUCCAUGGUUGUAAUGUUGACCACACAAGUUGAACGUGGCAGAGUUAAGUGUCACCAGUAUUGGCCAGAACCCACAGCAAGCUCAUCCUAUGGCUGCUACCAAGUCACCUGUCACUCAGAAGAAGGAAAUACAGCAUAUAUCUUCAGGAAGAUGACACUGUUUAACCAAGAGAAAAAUGAGAGUCGUCAGCUCACUCAGAUCCAGUACAUAGCCUGGCCUGACCAUGGAGUCCCUGAUGAUUCCAGUGACUUUCUGGAUUUCGUCUGUCAUGUACGAAAUAAGAGGGCUGGCAAGGAAGAACCGAUUGUUGUUCAUUGCAGUGCUGGAAUUGGAAGAACUGGGGUUCUUAUUACUAUGGAAACAGCCAUGUGUCUCAUUGAAUGCAAUCAACCAGUUUAUCCACUAGACAUUGUAAGAACAAUGAGAGAUCAACGAGCCAUGAUGAUCCAAACACCUAGUCAAUACAGAUUUGUAUGUGAAGCUAUUUUGAAAGUCUAUGAAGAAGGAUUUGUUAAACCCUUAACGACGUCAUCAAAUAAAUAAGAAAGCCUAAGUCUGGGAUAAGUGUUGGAACACUGCUUUCUGUUAUACGCACUGUGCCGUAAUUCCGCUUGCGGGAAGUGGCAGUUAGGCAGGAGCAGUGAAGAACUAACAAAAACUGAAAACUUCAGCACUGUUGCACUUUAUGUUUAAAAAAUGUCACUCUCUCAAAAUCUGUAAUUCAUGUGUUUGAAGACUAUUUCAUGCUUUGCUCCGAACAAAUAGUGAAUAACUGAGUAUGUUCAGGGUAAUUUAUGAAAUUUGUGGUGGUGCCAUGCAGUCCCCUUCUGGUAGAAUUGCCACAAACAAGGCUCAGAAACCUCCUCAUCUCUGAUACACACACCUGUAUCCUGAAAGCAAAAAGACGUACACAUCAGGAGUCAGCUCUGGUGUUUCCCAGUGAUUCAUGUACUUACUCUACUGAUGACCAGAUUUUUAUUUUUUAAAUUUUAGCAAUAUCAUUCUCAGUAUUAGCCAGUACACUGCCUAUGGAUGCAGCACAUCUUUCCCUGUCCUCCCCCAUAGAGACCUGCUGUUCGUGAGAAGAAAGAUGGAAUUUGCUUUUCCCAGGAAAUGCUGCACAUUGUCCAUUUACCAGCAUCUUCUAGAAAGUAUAAAUAUGAAUCUACAAAUUUUCUUGAAUUUAAUAAUGUAACUUAUAUUUAUCAUAAGGUUGGCUUAUUCCAAAUCAUGUGAUUUCACAUACUUGAUGUAAAGGAAUGCAUGCAUUGUGUCUUAACCCCUUAAGUGCCUUGAGACGUCUUUGUAUGUCUACUGAAAAGGCACUCCUUUGACCCCACUAGGAGGUAUGUAUGUAUACUGUACAUUUACAUUUUUAUGCAUUUUGAGUCAGUUCGCAUUUUAAAAAGUAGCUUCUUGUAUGAAGAGUUACGCAAGGAAUUGUAUGGAAAUUCUAUUUCUUACUCAAUUCCUGUGUUUUGCCACAAGAAGCAAAGAUAAACUGUGUUCUACUGAGUGAGCCUUCUGCUGCUAUGGAAUUAUUGAAAAUCUGCACAUUCCUUUCCUGAGGGACAAGGGUUACAGCUUAGCAGCUCAAGUUAAAAGAUGCUUUACUAUUCAGAUUUUCUAUUUAUUUGAUCCCCUAACUUUAGAAAUGGCACCCAAAUGCACAUUAAAGUUAAACAUACUGAUAUUUUCAGCUAAAGUUAGAUCCAUUCGUUGUGAUUUAUUUCUAUCACAGUCUAAAUUAUUACUCUUAAAGCAUUCAUUUCGGUUCAUAUCAAGCUUUGUUCACACCAGUCUGUUGGUUGGGAUACUUUGAACAGGGAAUGAAACGUUUUUGACUUAUUUCUAAAUGCAAUCCCUCAAUAACGGUAGUGAGGGUUUGUUGUCAUUUUGCAUACAGUUACAUUACUCCAGGUUAUAUAUACUUAUUCAGUUAUAAGCACGAUAAUAUGGAGAGUUUCACUUGUCCAGCCUCCAGACGGAGGAUCUGGUUCCCUUUAAGGAUGUGUAUACUUUCCUCUUCAGGAUUUUCUUUUUUUUUUUUUUUUUUUUAAGUCUACAGAGAAAGAGAACUUUAAAAUUGCCCAGUUUUGAUAUAAGUGGAAAUUCACUUACCUUUUGAAAUAUUAUAUUACACAGUUAUUUUCUAUGGAUAUGGUUAAGUUAUUCAUUUACUAAUGGUUUCUGAAUCUUCUGUAUAGUCUUGAUAAAACUUAAGAGUUUGAAUAGUAGAUAUUGCGGAAUGCCGUUUAGUAUGAGGGUAGAAAUACAUAUUUCAUUUUCAGUGUGAUCCAAAUGAUGGCACUUCAGAUAUUCAGAAACCAUAAUAAUAAAUUUUAGGAAAUUAAGUCCUAAACAUUGAUAGCCAAGAUACCAAAUAAAUUAUUAUAUCCAAAUAUUUUAAUUUUUUAAGAGAAAAGUAAACAUGACCUUUAUGUCAAAGAGAAACUUUCCUAUCCCUGGAUUUCACAGCCAAGACAGUAUAAAUUAGUAAAUAACUAGAGUCUUAUUUGAACAUUCCAUUCUCUACCAACAGAUAUAUAUAUAAUUUAGGCUGCUAUAUGACAUAAUGGUAAAUUGAGACGUGAACAAGUAAAGUCAUGUUGGGGGUCUACAUAAUUAAUAGCCGUUUGACAGUUUUUCAUCUGAAUUAAAACAAAAAUCUCUUCUAACUAUAUGGACAGAAUAUGACAACUAUAGAUUAAAGAGAUACAUACAGUUGUAUAGGUAUAAACAGAUAAAUGCUGUGGUUGGCAUGUUCUUUAACUCACAGGUUUGUUUACGCUUCUGAGAUAAACUCUGAUUUUGUUGGCAAUGAGCACUGCUGCCUUUUUAAAUCAUUAAUUCCAGUCUUUAAGUGGUAAAUAUUGCAAGUUUAGAAUUGCAAGUUUAGAAUUACAUUUAAAUUUCUCAUAUACGGAUUUUUCAUCUGCAAGCUACCCUCUGUCAGUAUUUUUAGGUACAGAAAAGAUCCUUCUUUAAUGGCAUAUUUAUUAGGAUCUUAAAACAAAUUAUCCUUCGCAGCUCUUCUUAAAAUGGGUAUGCUAAUUAUGCUUCUGUGUUCACCCAACAAAUCAGGCUUUAUCCAUUACACCUAAAAAUUUUUUAACCUGUUCAUCAAUCUAAGUAGGGUCCUAGGAAUAAUCCCAGCUUUAAUAUGCCAAGUAGGUCUAGAUUCCAUUCAUAUCCAUGUAACAUUGUAUAAUAAAAAUGUCAGAUUUCUUGUUUCUGAACUGCUCUCCCUUUCCUCCAGUUAACUCCCCUGCUCUCCCACGCCCCCCUUCCCGGCUCUGCUCCCUCUCCCCGCAGAAAUCAAUGCUGACUGCUAAUCUUCUCACAAGUGGAAAUAGAUAUUGAUGAAUCAAGGGGCUUUGUAAAUGAUGAGAAAUGUUUAUGAAAACCUUUCCUCUCUGAUUUAAGGUGGUUUUACCAUGUUCAUUUCAAAUAUUUUAUUGCGCAUCAGAUUUGUGUCAGCACUGUGUACAUAGCAUGAGGAAUAUUUUGGAAUAGACUUUACAUUCACAAGAAGAACUGAUAGUAUUUGUUAAAUGAGUGCAUCCAUUCAAAAUACAGGCAGAGCAAACAGCAGAAGACAUAAUUUCCUUUGUGUGGCCUGCUAGCACAUGUAGGAGGGGGGGAAAGGGGUUGCUCAUUUUGAUGAAGAGUAAAGAGAAAAUUUAUAUAUGAAAAAUGACUUCAAAUUUAUGAAGGUAUGAUAAGCCAUUAAGACAGUUGCUUGAAGGUUUCAAGUACUAAUUUGUACACUUUUUUUGUGUUGAUAUAUAUUUGCAUGUUUCUUAAAGGCUAAUGCUAACAAACAGAAGUAAAGGGUUGUUUUAACUAGAGAGUCGUUUAUAAUCUGUUGGCAGGUCUGGUCAGGUCUAAUCAGGUAUUUGAGCGAAAGCCUCCUGCCUCCACUAGAAAUACUCUCAACUCGAGAGCUGAAAGGAACUUGGAUGAUUUUAUCUGAUCUCACCUUUUCCAUUAUUGUACGCAACAUCUAUGAAUACCAUAAAUUCUUGUGAAUUUGAGUCUGUUUCAGCUCAAGAAUUAUACUCAGGCAGUGUUUUCACUUAAUAACUAUGAUCUUAGAAGAUGUCACUUAAUUUAGAAAAUAAGUAGGCUUUAUAAGGUGAUCCUAACUAGGACCCUGACUCCGUUUGUUAGUUUUGCUUCCCUGAUAGAACAUAAGCUUUUGUAAAGUGUUUAGGCUGAUCACACAUGCAGUAUGAAAACAUUCUGAAACGUAAACUAGAAGACUAAUUUUUUUAAAGCACUUAACACAUAGAACUAGGAUUUAGAAUAUAUGUCCACCUAUUAUCAAAUAAUUUAUGUUCAUAAUGUGAACAUGUAGUAGAAUUAAAGCAUUACUUAUUUUAUAAUCUUAUCAGGAAGGGAGAAAGAAACAAGAAUUUUUAACAAUGUUCUAUUUAAUACCUGUGUUUUGAAUAUUUAAGAUAUUCUGAUAGUAAGGUUGCCAAAGUAGUUUUGAAUUCAUAAAAAUUAUUUAUACCACAAUAAGGUGGGAUAUGUUUACAUCUCUUUUUUUUUUGUAGUUUAGCUAAAUUUACACUUAAGUCACUUAGAGUAAAUAUGUUGUGGUAAAUACUUGUGGGAAUAAACAUCUCUUAAAAAUAGAACAUUAUUAUGAGUCACAGGUGAAUUAUGUCACAUUUGGCUUUUAUGCCAUAUCAACCAAGUAGUUAUAUUAUCACUGCUUACUUCCCACAUUUACUUUAGUUGUUCAGCCAGUUUCUGCAAGUGUGUGUGUGUGUGUCUGGUGUUUCUUCCAAGUAAAUAGCCAUGUUGUUAAAACCCACUGGGUUUUAUCAGAUAUCAGAAUUACUGAUCUGUUGGCAGAUUUAUUGGUGUCUCAGUGUGGUCACAACAUAAAUUAUAGCAAUUGUUUAUAAAAUUCUUAGUGGAUUGUAUAGCUACAAAGGAAUUAAAAUAAUAAAACAUUUUUGAGAGCAAACUGCUAAUAGAGAGGUUCAGCGAUUUUAUAAAGAGCCCAUGAAAGUAAUCCCUAAAUUGUAUUUUUGGCAUUCAUCUUACUUUACAAUGCCUGCAACGAUUAUCAACAAUUGUUUUAUUGUAUACUGACUUCAAUUAUUCUUAGUAGCAAUUAGUACAAUAAGCCUUUCAAUGUUAUCAAAAGCCAACGAGUCCUAUAUCAGCCAGAAAUGAGACAUUUUAUUUGCAUAAUCUUGGUGAAGUUGCCCUGGGUAGACACCAAAUAGUUACUUCUGUUUCCAUUUCUAAAUUUGCUGCUAUUUAUUUGUGUGUUUUUCUACUGCAGCUUACUGUUGAUUUCUAAAGUUUUAUAGUCAUUAUUUUUAUUUUAGCAGUCCAGGCUCAGUGGGCAGCCGGAAGUAGUAUGUACUGGGGUGCAGGCCAGCCAUACUGACUAGCUGUGACUCAGUGCCUAAAGAAGAGAACCAAUUUUUUUUUUUUUUUAAUUUACAAGGUGAAAGGUAUUAGCAAUAUUGCAAGUUAAAGACUACAACUUUAGGUGGAAGUCCUAAUGUUGAACUUCCCGAAACCUUUUAAAAUUUCCAAUAAAAGAAUGAGAGUGUUUAAAAGCCUUGAUGUGCUCAUAGAAGUUUCAGUUAAGCACUGUAGAAUUUUCCUACUUGUUGUGUAAAUGAUAGAGAAAAUAUUUUUCUAUGGACAAAAGAUUGAAACUGUUAACUUCUUUUCAUUGUGUAAAAAGAAAUGAUGUUUGUAUGUCUUUCAUGCUGUAAAACUACGAAUGUAUCUUUGAAAUGUUAUUAGAAUUAUGACUUGAUUCUAAGGAUACUCUUUGUUUAAGAAAGUCAGCAAGGGAUUGACAAAAAGGAAAGGAAGAGUAUUCUAUCGAUACAUAAAAUGCGCUUUUAGAAGAAAAAUGUAAUUUUCAUUAUACACGAGCAAUCAUUACUGAAGCUUAUUUCAGAUAUAACAGUCAUUCUUUUUUACUCUGUUUUGUUUUAGUUCUAGAAUAGAAAAUUUGUGCUUACUAUUUUUAAGUGUAAAAUAAUUGAAUUCUAGACUUCUGGAGUGUGGAAGGGUGUUUCUGUGUGAGGGUAAACAUUCUGCUGCAUGUGUUUACCGUGAAGGAAAGUUCUCAGGCUCUGUCACCAUGCCAGCCACAAAUGAGGACAUCAUUGCGAGUGUGACUUUAGUGACACCAGAAAUCCGUGCCUCAGAUUCACUAUAGUAAAUAAGUGCAGAGGCCCCUGACAUAUAGUUUUGCCUUUUCAUCAUCAGUAUCUUGGACAGAUAAGACCACUGAGCCCAGUUCUGAUUUGUAACUGUGGCAUCUUAGAUGCCUUAUUAAGGAGUUACUAAUUCAGUGGACAACAGAAACCCUACCGUGUUUUAGGCACAAAUAAUUCACUCAACAGUCUCUUUAAAGGGUAGUAUUUAUUAUUUAUCACUUGUUACAUUUGACUCAGUGGGUCCUUCAUUACUUUGACUCCUGCUUCCAUCCCUCCAACUUCUGAAAAGUAAUGUCAUCUUACAGUCUUUGUGAACUAAAUACCCUAAACAACUAUAAGGUGAUAGCUGUCUUCAUUAGCUUUUUUUUUUUUUUUUACAGUGGUUAAGAGAUUAACAUCAGACCCCCUCAACCUUGAGAGUUUCCACAAUUUAACAGAUAUUACCUGUGGCAACCUUAACUGAAAUGCCACCUUGCCAAAUGAAAUUCUCACCAUGACAUCAUCAAGGAGGAUCCGCCCAGUUUACUAUCUUAGAUGCAGAUAGGUGCUGACGUUUGCUUUCCCCAAAUCCACUGUAGUCAGAAUUGAGCCCAUCUUACCUUUUAUUUGAAAGAAGCUUUUUAGUUUUUACUCCUGAAUUGUGUUGCAGUUUCUUGCCUUCUCUGGCAAGAAAAUUUCAAUCCAGUUCUGGGAUUCUCUGGCACCCACCUUUUCCAACCCUUUGGUGAGUUCACAGGAUUCUUCAGUCUUUCUUGUAUCCUGUAAGAGUAGGUCAAAUUUCAUUGCUGAAAUUGAUUUCUUGAAUUUUAAAUAGUAGCACUUUAUUUCAUGCUUACUACUGACUUAAUUUAUGCAUUUAAAAAUAAAAAUCUACCCUAGGAGUUUUGUAAAUACGGAAAAACUUUGAUGGACGGUAUGUAGAGCUCAUUGGAUUGGACCCAAGUUCAGUGCUUUACAGUGAUCUCUUGAUCAUUUGAUAUACAAAAGGUAACUUGUGUGAUUUUAGCUUUGCAACUUUUCUGUAAUUUAGUGAGCACGGUGAAGCCUGGCCAGCCUACUCUCCUGCUGGACUCCGUGCUCUCAGCUAGCUUCAACCAGGUUUUGUUUGCAGUAAUCAUUUCUGCUUUGUGUUUUUAUACAUUACAGGAAUACUUGGAAAUCCACUUGUUUGAUUUUAAGUUGUAGGUAGGGAUUAAGUCAGUACUGCACCACAAGUAAGUUGAAGAGGGCAAAGUCCUGAUACUUUAGAUACAUGUCAAAGGACAGGAUUUAAGACACUAAAAACAGUUUACAUUAAGCUGUUUUCCUUUUCUCUCAUUAGAAUAUAUGAGCUUGAAGAAAACAAAAAAAAAAAAACUGUCUAACCCAGUGUUCUUAAAGCAUCAGGACAUUGCAGUUACAAUCCAUAUUGUUAUCUUUUCAAAUAAGAAAAGCUAGUCUUUCUUUUCUACAGUGUAGGCUUAAUUUUAGGACAGACAAUUUACUAUAUACUCAUCAGUGAUAUUUUUAAGUAUUAGUUUUACAAAAAAUUAUUUCUAUGUAGAGGGUGUAUUAAUUUGGGAUUUUUUUUCUUGUAACAGGUGCUAUAUGUAAAUAUGAAGGGCGAAAAGUCACUUAGUUAAAAUCUAGUUUAUUUCGUUAUUAAAAUAUAAUUUUGCAUUUCUGCUGUCAUUUCACGUUUAAUUGUACUGAACUAGUAGCAAAAUGGAAUUAGCCCCUUAAUUUUUAAAAUUAACUCUUUUUCCCCAUUUCACGAAAACAGCUCUUUCCAUAUGGUUUGUUUCCACAAUUAAGAGGCAAAGAGGCUUAGGGUCCGAUUAAAAUGUAUAAGCUUGAAUUUGGUCAACAUGGGAUAAUUUGAAAUCAGCACUCUGCAUUUGUCACUGCAGCUUAUGUAUGCUUGAAAAGCCUGUGUAUUUGUUUUAAUUUCAGUGAAAAAUUAGAAUUCCUGCAAUUCAUGUAAAAAAAUCUAUGAAUACUAACAGCAGACAACAUUAAAAAGCUGAUUGACAUUAAAACUGUUUUAGUCCUAAAAGCAACUUCUGUUAGGUGAAAUGCUAUUAUUACACAUAUUUUGUUGGCCAUAUUUCAUUUUGAUUGAGAAAUAGUUGUUCAGGUACAAACGUGAAAAAAACUCUAGCUGUGACUUUUAAUUGUUCAAUUGCAAAAUAAAGAUGUGCUUUAGUAAUGUAAA